AUGCUAUCAAUACAUAGGUUGGCCAUUUUAUAUCUUCACCUGGUUGUCCUAGUUCAAUCUAGAGUUCUGGUUGCACCAGCCGAUGAUUCCAUCGAUUCUGGCCCUAAUGCUGAUGAACUACAUGCAGUAGACAUGGCGAUGCAGGAUUUAUUAAAGAAACACAACGAUUUUAUAGAGAAGCAUAUUGGCCGUGUAGAACUCACGAAUUUUCGAGCUAAAUCACAGAGUACAAAGGAUCACCAAUUCAAAGGUUUAAGAAAGCCGCAGUCACAGUCACAGUCAGACUUGAAAAAUGAUCUUCGAUUUCAUAUGACCCCCAUUACCAUGAAAGAUGUAAGUUAUCUCAAGCAGAGACUGCGACACAAAUUCCGUGAUUUUAUGAUGAAUGCGCCCGACAUGGAGGACAAGAGAGGCACGAAUAUGAAAUCUCUGCUCUUAUUCUAUUCGAAUGAGUAA